AUGUUUGCUUGUAAACAUGCUCGACAUGUGUGGAAAAUUGCUGGUUUUUCCUUUAACAAUAAAGCUGCUGUUUCAAUGAAAAUUGAAGAUUUUUUGUUUCAGAUAUCAGAAUGCUACACCAAAUCUGAGUUGGAAAUGAUUUUUUGCACUAUGUGGUCAAUUUGGUCUGAUCGAAACAAUGUUCUUCAUGGUAAAAUUACCCAACAACCUUCGGUUAUUUCUGCUAAAGCUGCCUCUUUCCUUAGCAGUUUUCAAUCGGCCCAGCAGCUUUCUCUUCAUGCUGGUUUGGCACCAGCUGACACUCCAACCGCACACAGAGCAUGGACUCCACCUCCUCCUAAUCUCCUAAAAUUGAAUGUAGAUGCAGCUUUUGAUGAUACCAGAAAACGGAUUGGGUUCGGUGCUAUUAUAAGAGAUUCUACUGGUAAUGUAAAGGCUGCUAUGUCUCACCCUAUUGAUGGUUGCUGUCGUCCUCAAGACAUGGAAGCCAAGGGACUGUUUUACAGCCUCAAAUGGGCUAGACAACUCAAUUUCAAGGUCGAUUUGGUGGAAACGGACUCCUUGAUUCUUGUUAAUGCUCUUCGCAAAUCAACAUCAAAAAAUUCUUCUUUUCAAGAUUUAAUUUUUGAUGUUCAAACUCAAUUAUCCUAUCUCCCUACUGUUUGUGUUCAUCAUGUUUAUCGUGAUGGUAACCAAGCUGCUCACGGCUUGGCUAAACAUGCUCUAGUGUUGGAUAAUGUUUGUACAUGGCUUGAGGAUUUUCCCUCAGCUAUUCUCUCUGUUAUUGUAAAAGACUCUCUUAUUUUAUAA